AUGGACCAGCUGAUCCCCAUCAUCAACAAGCUGCAGGACGUGUUCAGCGCCAUCGGGCAGUCGCCCAUCAACCUGCCGCAGAUCGUGGUCAUCGGCAGCCAGAGCAGCGGCAAGUCGUCCGUGCUGGAGAACAUCGUGGGCAAGGACUUCCUGCCGCGCGGCUCGGGCAUCGUCACGCGCCGCCCGCUGGUGCUGCAGCUGUACAACUCGUCGGCCACGGUGCCCGUCGUCGCCGAAGAGGACGGCGCGGAGGCCGCCGACGAGUGGGGCGAGUUCCUGCACCUGCCCGACCAGAAGUUCACGGACUUCGCCGAGAUCCGCCGCGAGAUCGAGAAGGAGACGGACCGCAUCACGGGCAAGAACAAGGGCAUCAGCAACAAGAGCAUCAACCUCAAGGUCUUCUCGCCGCACGUGCUCAACCUGACGCUCGUGGACCUGCCGGGCAUCACCAAGGUGCCCGUGGGCGACCAGCCCGUGAACAUCGAGGAGCAGAUCCGCGACAUGUGCACCGAGUUCAUCUCGAACCCCAACUCCAUCAUCCUGGCCGUCACGUCCGCCAACACGGACCUGGCCAACAGCGACGCGCUCAAGAUGGCGCGCGAGAUCGACCCGGACGGGCAGCGCACCAUCGGCGUGCUCACCAAGCUCGACCUCAUGGACGACGGCACGGACGCCAUGGACAUGCUGCAGGGCCGCGUGAUCCCGCUCAAGAGGGGCUACGUGGGCGUCGUGAACCGCAGCCAGGCCGACAUCAACUCGCAGCUGUCCAUCCGCGACUCGCUGGCCAAGGAGCAGAACUUCUUCAAGACGCACCCGGCGUACAGGGCCAUCGCCUCGAGGAUGGGCACGCAGUACCUGUCCAAGACGCUCAACACGAUCCUCAUGCACCACAUCCGGGACUGCCUGCCCGACAUCAAGUCCAAGAUCAGCAGCAUGAUCUCUGACCUCGAUCAGGAACUCGGCGAGAUGGGCUCCCCCACGGAGCAAAUGUCGCCCACGGAAAUGGGCGGCUGCCUGCUGAACCUGCUGUCGCACUUCUCCAGCAACUUCACCAACUCGCUGGACGGACGCAACCACCAGCUCGUGGAAAUGGACGAGCUCUACGGCGGCGCGCGCAUCAACUACAUCUUCAACGAGAUCUUUUCCAAGUCACUUCGUGAGGUCAACCCAUUUGAUGGACUCAGCGACGAGGACAUCCGCACCACGAUUCGCAACGCCAACGGCCCGCGCCAGUCGCUGUUCGUUCCGGAAGUAUCGUUCGAGCUGCUCGCCAAGCGCCAGAUCAGCAGGUUGGAGCAGCCCGGCCUGCAGUGUGUAGACCUUGUCUUUGACGAGCUGCAGCGCGUGACGUCGCAGUGCGAGACGAUCGAGCUCACGCGCUUCCCCGAGCUGCGCGACCGCGUCAUGGAAGUGGUCAACGGCAUGCUCCGUGCUUCGUUGGUGCCGACGCAAGCUAUGAUUCAGAACCUUAUUCAGAUUGAGUUGGCUUACGUGAACACAAACCACCCGGACUUCAUUGGCGGUAGUCGCGCGGUUGCACAGCUGAUGGAGAAGAUGCAGCGCGAGACGAUGGCGUCCGCGGGAGCCCCUACCAACCAAAUGAUUAACCAGGACCCGCGCCGCGCCGGACAGCCAGUAAAGCAAAGCGCCGCUCCAGCUGGACACGCUGGCGCCGCUGAGGAGAAGCAGGAAGGCAACGGCCUGCUGUCGUUCUUUGGUGGCGGUCGCAAGAAAAGCGGCGCGGAUGGCGUCACGAGCUCAAAGCCUGCAGUCGUCAAGCUUCCUCAGGUACCAGUGAGCAUGCGGCAGGGCGAUGACCCGACGGACCGGGAACGCAUCGAGACGGAAAUUAUCAAGAGUCUACUCGCGUCUUACUUCGAUAUCGUGCGGAAAAACUUCCUGGAUCUGGUGCCCAAGGCCAUUAUGUGCUUCAUGGUGGGGCACUCGAAGGAGAAUAUUCAGAACGAGCUCGUGUCAUCCCUAUACCGCGAGGACAAGCUCUCGGAGCUGUUGGCCGAGACGGGCGACAUUGCUGCCCGACGCUCGAACUGCGACGAGAUGCGAACACUACUCCAGCGCGCCCUAGAAAUUGUGAACGAGGUUCGCGACUUCAAUACGUUUAAGUGAAGCGGUCAGUGGCUGCAAGUAAUCAAGGCUCCAAGAGAGUAGAAGGUAGGUAGAGUGCGGUGGUUCAAGAAGUAGCUCCAUUUCGCGUGGCAUCAUCUCUCAAAAACACUUUCCGUUUGCCUUAU